AUGGCAAGCAUCAUUGCAACCGCAGCUGCACCAGUCAGUGCACCGGCUGAGAUUCAGCCUGUGUCGAACUAUCCUCAGCACGAUGAAGAAAAGGCUAGUCAGGCAAGUUCGAAUGGGGAGCAUGGAACGAGUAACGACAACCCAUCUACCGUUUCCGACAACGUUCACGCCGUGCAACGAUGGAACUCACCCCCUAUCAACGCGUAUCGAACCGCUGCAACAUUCUGGUCAUUUGUUGUAGUAGGAAUGAACGACGGCUCCUAUGGUGCCUUGGUUCCCUUGCUGGAAACUUAUUAUGAUCUGAACCAUACCGUCGUUUCCCUGAUCUUUCUUUCCCCCUUUGUGGGAUAUGCCAUUGCAUCUGCAGUGAACAAUCUUAUGCAUGUUCACUUUGGCCAGAGAGGUGUAGCAUGUAUUGCUCCCUUGUGCCAUUUGGUUCCGUAUCUAACUUUCUCGUUCCACCCGCCCUAUCCUGUUCUCGUUGCCGUUUUUGUCCUGGUAGGCAUGGGAAAUGGCUUAGCAGACGCUGCUUGGUGUUCCUUCAUAGGGCAAAUGGCGAACUCGCAUGAAAUGUCGGGCAUUUUGCAGGCCUGCUACGCUCUUGGGGCCACCAUAGCUCCCCUCAUAGCUACUGCUCUCUCUGCGGAGGGCCAACCAGGCUGGUUUGCGUUCUACUACGUUAUGACGGCGGCCUCGGUAGUUGAACUUGUUACUUUGACUGCUACAUUUUGGACUCAGACAGGCGCUGUGUACCUACUCGAGAACCCCACCGAGUCUGGAGGCAAGUCAGGCCGGACCCGUCAAGCUUUGAAGAAUAAACUAUCGUGGAUUUUCGCAUUCUUUGUCUUCGGGUACUGCGGUGCUGAAGUUGCUCUCGGCGGAUGGAUCGUUGUCUUCAUGACUCGCAUCCGCGGCGCCACCUCGGUCACCGGCGGAGCAGUAGCAACCGGCUUCUGGGGUGGCAUGACGGCUGGCCGUCUCUUUCUGUCUUUGGUCACGAUUCGCCUUGGAGAAUUCUGGGCCAUGUUCCUUUACCUCGGUGUAACUAUAGCGCUCGAACUCAUCUUCUGGCUGGUGCCCAACCUGGUCGUGAGCGCAGUGGCAGCAGCACUGAUUGGUGUGGCUAUGGGUCCAAUGUAUCCGGUGGCAGUGGUUCUCAUCACUAAAGUCAUGCCUCGCUCACUUCAUGUCGGCACCAUUGGGUUUGCCGCCGCUUUUGGUGGAUCAGGCGGAGCUAUCUUGCCAUUUGCCGUUGGCGCUAUUGCACAGGCAAAAGGUGUGCAAACCCUUCAACCAAUUGUGCUUGCCACCUGUGUCGUUCUCGGCCUUUUGUGGGUAUUACUUCCUCGUCAUCCAAGACAAAACAAGGAUACCGGCUCCUCCUAG